CGAUGCUCACCAAGUUCGAGACCAAGUCGGCUCGCGUGAAAGGGCUUAGCUUCCACCCCAAGCGGCCCUGGAUCCUAACGAGCCUGCACAAUGGAGUGAUCCAGCUCUGGGAUUAUCGGAUGUGUACACUCAUCGACAAAUUUGAUGAGCACGAUGGCCCUGUUAGAGGUAUUGAUUUCCACAAACAGCAACCGCUUUUUGUGUCCGGAGGAGAUGACUACAAAAUUAAGGUCUGGAAUUACAAGCUGCGACGCUGUCUCUUCACCCUUUUGGGACACCUGGAUUACAUCCGCACCACCUUCUUCCACCAUGAAUAUCCCUGGAUCCUGAGUGCAUCUGAUGAUCAGACAAUUCGGGUUUGGAACUGGCAGUCCAGAACUUGUGUUUGUGUGCUGACGGGACACAACCAUUACGUCAUGUGCGCCCAGUUCCACCCUUCCGAAGACCUGGUGGUAUCGGCCAGCUUGGAUCAAACUGUACGCGUUUGGGAUAUUUCUGGCCUGAGGAAGAAGAACCUCUCUCCUGGAGCUGUGGAGUCAGACGUCCGGGGGAUCACGGGCGUAGACCUUUUUGGCACAACCGAUGCAGUGGUGAAGCAUGUCCUGGAGGGACACGAUCGCGGAGUGAACUGGGCUGCUUUCCACCCCACCAUGCCUCUCAUAGUGUCGGGAGCCGACGAUCGGCAGGUCAAGAUCUGGAGGAUGAAUGAAUCGAAAGCUUGGGAAGUGGAUACCUGCCGUGGGCACUACAACAACGUCUCGUGCGCGGUGUUCCAUCCUCGCCAGGAGCUCAUCCUCAGUAACUCGGAGGACAAGAGCAUCCGCGUCUGGGACAUGUCCAAACGCACGGGCGUCCAGACUUUCCGCCGGGAUCACGAUCGCUUCUGGGUGUUGGCAGCUCACCCCAACCUCAACCUCUUUGCUGCAGGACACGACGGGGGCAUGAUUGUGUUCAAGCUGGAACGUGAGCGGCCUGCCUACGCCGUGCAUGGCAACAUGCUCUACUACGUGAAGGACCGCUUCCUCCGCCAGCUGGACUUCAACAGCUCCAAGGACGUGGCCGUGAUGCAGCUGAGGAGCGGGUCCAAGUUUCCCGUGUUCAACAUGUCGUACAACCCAGCCGAGAACACCGUCCUCCUCUGCACCAGAGCCAGUAAUCUGGAGAACAGCACCUACGACCUGUACACCAUCCCCAAGGAUGCCGAUUCCCAGAACCCUGAUGCUCCCGAAGGGAAACGGUCCUCUGGGCUGACAGCUGUGUGGGUGGCUCGGAACCGCUUUGCCGUCUUGGAUCGGAUGCACUCGAUCCUGAUCAAGAACCUGAAAAAUGAGAUCACCAAGAAGGUGCAGGUCCCCAACUGCGAUGAGAUUUUCUACGCCGGCACUGGGAACCUGCUGCUGAGGGACGCCGAUUCCAUCACCCUCUUUGAUGUGCAGCAGAAACGGACUCUGGCCUCGGUGAAGAUCUCCAAGGUGAAGUACGUCAUCUGGUCAGCUGACAUGUCGCACGUGGCUCUCCUGGCCAAGCACGCCAUCAUGAUCUGCAACAGGAAGCUGGACUCCCUUUGCAACAUCCACGAGAACAUCCGGGUCAAGAGCGGCGCCUGGGACGAGAGCGGGGUCUUCAUCUACACAACCAGCAACCACAUCAAAUAUGCCGUCACCACCGGAGAUCACGGGAUCAUCCGCACCCUGGACUUGCCGAUCUACGUGACCCGGGUGAAGGGGAACAACGUCUACUGCCUGGACCGGGAAUGCCGGCCUCGCGUCCUGACCAUCGAUCCGACCGAGUUCAAGUUCAAACUGGCGCUCAUCAACCGGAAAUACGACGAGGUCCUUCACAUGGUGCGCAACGCCAAGCUGGUGGGCCAGUCCAUCAUCGCUUACCUCCAGAAGAAGGGCUACCCCGAGGUCGCUCUGCAUUUUGUGAAAGACGAGAAGACUCGCUUCAGUUUGGCCCUGGAGUGUGGCAACAUCGAGAUAGCGCUGGAGGCAGCCAAGGCCCUGGAUGACAAGAACUGCUGGGAGAAGCUGGGAGAAGUGGCCUUGCUGCAGGGCAACCACCAGAUCGUGGAGAUGUGCUACCAGCGCACCAAGAACUUCGACAAGCUCUCCUUCCUGUACCUGAUCACAGGCAACCUGGAGAAGCUGCGCAAGAUGAUGAAGAUAGCUGAGAUUCGGAAGGACAUGAGCGGCCAUUACCAGAAUGCUCUGUAUCUUGGGGAUGUCGCGGAGAGGGUGAGGAUCCUGAAGAACUGCGGACAGAAAUCCUUGGCCUAUCUCACAGCCGCGACCCAUGGCUUGGAUGAGGAAGCAGAGAGCCUGAAAGAAACCUUUGACCCAGAAAAGGAAACGAUUCCGGACAUCGACCCCCAAGCCAAGUUGCUCCAGCCGCCGGCUCCCGUCAUGCCUCUGGACACCAACUGGCCCCUACUCACUGUCUCCAAGGGUUUCUUCGAAGGCUCGAUCGCCAGCAAAGGCAAAGGAGGUGCGUUGGCGGCCGAUAUAGACAUUGACACCGUGGGCACUGAAGGCUGGGGAGAAGAUGCCGAGCUGCAGCUGGAUGAAGAUGGGUUUGUGGAUGCCGGGGAAGGCUUUGUCGACGAGGCCGUGGCUAAAAGCCAAGAAGAAGGCGGCGGAUGGGAAGUUGAAGAGGACCUGGAUCUCCCACCAGAGCUGGAUGUCCCUGCCGGUCCUGCAGGAGGAGCAGAGGAUGGCUUCUUUGUACCCCCCACCAAAGGCACCAGCCCCGCACAGGUUUGGUGUAACAAUUCCCAGCUGCCGGUGGACCACAUCCUCGCUGGCUCUUUUGAGACGGCCAUGAGGCUUCUCCACGACCAGGUGGGAGUGACCACCUUCGCCCCUUACAAGCAGCUCUUCCUGCAGACCUACGCUCGGGGCCGCACCACCUACCAAGCCCUGCCCAGCCUCCCUUCCAUGUACGGAUACCCUCACCGCAACUGGAAGGACGCUGGGUUGAAAAACGUCCUCCCGGCUGUCGGCCUGAAGCUGAACGACUUGAUCCAGCGCCUGCAGCUAUGCUACCAGCUCACCACGGCCGGCAAGUUCGAGGAGGCAGUCGAGAAGUUCCGCUCCAUUCUCUUGAGCCUGCCACUGCUCGUGGUGGACAACAAGCAAGAGAUCGCCGAGGCCCAGCAGCUGAUUGCCAUCUGCCGAGAAUACAUUGUGGGGCUGUCGAUGGAAGUUGAGAGGAAGAAACUGCCCAAGGAGACGCUGGAGCAGCAGAAGCGCAUCUGCGAGAUGGCUGCCUAUUUCACGCACUCCAACCUCCAGCCUGUCCACAUGAUCCUGGUACUGCGGACUGCCCUGAACCUCUUCUUCAAGCUCAAGAACUUCAAGACGGCCGCCACCUUCGCUCGCCGUCUCCUGGAGCUCGGCCCCAAGCCUGAAGUCGCACAGCAAACCCGCAAAAUCCUAACCGCGUGCGAGAAGAACCCCACUGACGCCUACCAGCUCAAUUACGACAUGCACAACCCCUUCGACAUCUGUGCCAUCUCCUACCGGCCCAUCUACCGGGGCAAGCCGGUGGAGAAGUGUCCGCUCAGCGGGGCUUGUUACUGUCCCGAGUACCGCGGUCAAAUCUGCAGAGUUACAACCGUAACGGAGAUUGGCAAAGACGUCAUCGGCUUGAGAAUCAGCCCUCUGCAGUUCCGCUGAAGUGAUGUUUCGACCUAAGGAGCU